GGUGAUGCGCCUCACCUGGACGGGGAAGGCGGAAGUGCUGCUGGACAUGUCAGCCUCGGCCGUCUUCAUCCUUGACCUGAAGGGCAAGAUGCUCAUCUGUCGGAAUUACAAGGGGGACGUGAACAUGUCGGAGAUUGAGCACUUCAUCCCCAUCCUGACGCAGAGAGAAGAUGAAGGAGAUAUCUCUCCACUUCUGUCUCACGGCAAAGUCCACUUCCUGUGGAUCAAACACAGCAAUCUCUACUUGGUUGCAAUGACCAAGAAAAAUGCCAACGUCUCUCUUGUGUAUGCUUUCCUCUACAAACUCGUUCAGGUCUUCACCGAAUACUUCAAGGAGGUGGAGGAGGAGAGCAUCAGGGACAACUUUGUCGUCGUCUAUGAGCUGCUGGAUGAAGUGAUGGACUUUGGCUUCCCACAGACAACCGACAGUAAAAUCCUGCAGGAGUACAUCACGCAGCAGAGCCAGAAGCUGGAGGUUGCCGCCCCUCGGCCCCCGGCGACUGUCACCAACGCCGUGUCCUGGCGGUCAGAGGGCAUCAAGUACAAGAAGAACGAGGUCUUCAUCGACGUCAUCGAAGCGGUCAACGUGUUGGUCAGCGCCAAUGGGAACGUCCUUCAGAGUGAGAUCGUGGGCAGUGUCAAGCUGAGAGCCUUCCUGUCCGGAAUGCCCGAGCUCCGUCUCGGCCUUAACGACAAGGUCCUCUUCGAACUGACCGGCAGAAGUAAAAAUAAAUCAGUGGAACUGGAGGAUGUGAAGUUCCACCAGUGCGUGAGACUCUCACGGUUUGAGAACGACAGAACCAUCUCCUUCAUCCCGCCAGACGGCGACUUUGAGCUCAUGUCUUACCGGCUCAACAUCCAUGUGAAGCCUCUGAUUUGGAUUGAAUCGGUGAUAGAGAAAUUCUCACACAGCCGUGUUGAAUACAUGAUCAAGGCCAAGAGCCAGUUCAAGAAGCAGUCGGUUGCCAACAACGUGGAGAUCAUCAUCCCGGUGCCCAGCGACGCUGACUCUCCCAAGUUCAAGACCAGCGUGGGCAGUGCCAAGUGGGUGCCGGAAAAUAACACGGUGGUGUGGACCAUCAAAUCCCUGCCAGGCGGGAAGGAAUAUUUGAUGCGCGCCCAUUUUGGCCUGCCGAGUGUGGAGAAUGAAAACAGUGAGGGCAAGCCCCCGAUCACCAUCAAAUUCGAGAUCCCCUACUUCACUGUGUCGGGAGUCCAGGUGCGGUACAUGAAGAUCAUUGAGAAGAGUGGUUACCAGGCACUGCCCUGGGUCAGAUACAUCACCCAGAGUGGAGAUUACCAACUGCGGACACAUUAAACUGCCGACAAUUGGGAACAUUCUCCUCAUUUUCCUCUUUCAUUUGUUUUAAUCGGCUGCUUAUUACUGUUACAGCAAGUGCCUUAAAUAUCUUGUUAACUUUUACUGUUAAGAUGACCCUAAAAUAAUUAAAUUAAUUAAAGAUGGCUCUCUACUAUCACAGAGGCCAACAGCAAUACAGACCUUCCACAUACACCUUGGGAGCCAAGAUACUUCACAAGACCGGGACUUACCAUGGUUUGGACAAGCUUUGGUUUGUGGAGCUUAGAGGGACCUUCUGGGCUGUGGAAUUGGACCCUGCCUGAUCAGUACUGUUGCUGUACACCUUGUGCCUGCCCCUCCUUGCCUUGCCUUCAUCAAGGUUUGGAAAUGCCAAAGGAUUCCCAGAAUCCACAGCCUUUCUGAGAGAGAUUUGCACUUCACUCCUGACUGGACCAACAGUGACCCAGAACUAGAACGGGUCAGGCAGCAGCUCUGGGAAACGUGGAUGAGUGACAUUCCCUCAUAGUCUGAAGAAGGGUGCCCAUCUGAAACGUCACCUAUCCAUGUUCUCCUGAGAUGCUGCCUGACCCGCUGAGUUACUCCAGCACUCUGUGAAACAUCAGCUAUCCAUGUUCUCCAGAGAUGCUGCCUGACCUGCUGAGUUACUCCAACACUCUGUUUUUUUGUUAACCAGAGAAACGAUCGGUGAAUUUAGUCACAAAGCUGAAGUGUUGCUGGAGUGUCCAAGGGAUCUCACUCGCGCUCAUGGUUUAUUGGGCAGUCUCGGAGGCGUGCUGCGUUUCAGAGGGAACGUGAGCCUGCUGUUACUGGUAGAGGCUUCUGUAGUUCCAGUUUCCUCCAUUCUUGCUUUCUAAACCGUGUACGUCCGCAAUCUGAAUUACGAGUAGAAACUAGCAGAAAUAUCCAGCAGGCUGGGCAGCAUCUGCGGAGAGAGAAACAGAGCUAACAUUACAGUUUGAAGAUUGACAUAAAAAGCUGGAGUAACUCAGCGGGACAGACAGCAUCUCUGGAGAAAAGGAAUAGAUGACUUUUCAGGUCGAAACCCUUCUCCAGACUGAAGAAAUGCCACUUAUCCCUGCUUUCCAGAGAUGAUGCCUGAACCAGCAUCUGCAGUUUGUUUCUUACAUUACAGUCCAUGUCUUUUGUUGUUGUCACCGUUCCCAACACGAUUCUUUCAGUUCGGUGUUUAGUUUGAGCACUGCUCCCACUAACACAUUAGUGCCUGUAGAUUUGUAGAAAAUCACCGUGUAUAACCUGUGCAGAAAGUCGCCUGUGUUUUUUAAAUUUUGUGAAUAAAGAUUUGAAAAUGCAUUCAAUUAAAACCACUUUUGUAAUUCCACAUUGUCCAAUGGAGAGACCUGAUUGUUCCUGAAACUAAUGUCAGUUAAUUUCAAUAAAAGCAAAGCAGAAACUC